CAGAAGAAAGGUUAAAUGAAAUUAGAAUUUCUUCUAGUUACUACUCCCAAGAAAAAACAAUGUCAAAAAUCAAACUUAUUUCAUCUGACAAUGAAGAAUUUACUGUUGAUCGACCUGUUGCUGAAAAAAGCAUGUUGAUCAACAAUAUGCUGGAAGAUGUUGGUGAAUUGAACGUACCAAUUCCUUUGCCAAACGUUUCUUCCAACGUAUUAAGAAAAGUGUUAGAAUGGUGUGAACAUCAUAAGAAUGACUUGUACUCCAAUACAGACGAAGAAAGUGAUAUUCGACUUAAAAAGUCAACCGAUAUCGACGAAUGGGACAAGAAGUUCAUGUCAGUUGACCAGGAAAUGCUUUUUGAAAUCAUUUUGGCCAGCAAUUAUCUUGAUAUAAAGCCAUUGCUUGAUACUGGUUGUAAAACAGUAGCAAACAUGAUUCGUGGAAAAAGCCCUGAAGACAUUCGUAAAACCUUCAAUAUUCCCAAUGACUUUACUCCCGAAGAAGAGGAACAAAUCCGUAAAGAAAACGAAUGGGCCGAAGAUAGGUAAAUGGUAUUUUUUUUUUAUUGUUACCUCAUUUACAAUGACUUUUUUUACUUAUUUUUAUGCAUCUUACCUCUUGUAAACUGCUUAAAACAGUUCACAGAAUUGAGCUUCAUUGCGGAUUUUUUUAAUCUCAAAAAGCCUUUGGAAAAUGUGUAAUUACUUGAGUGCAUCCGACUAUAUUUCUACUUUUUAUUUAAUCUUUUCAUGAUACAGUUAACAAUCUAUUUCACUUGGAUCUCGAACAAAAGGUGAACGAAUAGACUCCUAUUUACAACAAUCUCUCUGUUGAUUUCCUUAGCAGUUGCAAGUCAAUUAUAAGACUUGAUGCGUAAUAUAGAGCUAUUGCAAGGAGAUAUCAGACCAUGUAAAUCCUGUUUUAAUGUCUGUACAAGAAACUACAACGUAAUUCCCAUUUAAAGAACAUUUGAAUGAAAAGGAUUUUUGGCUUGCUCAUCUGUAUAAAAGUAU